AGCGACAUAAUUCGGGAACACUUUCCAAGUAAUCAACGAUCGGAAGCCUUGGUUUUGGACGUGGCGGCUGGAACCGGUCGGUUAGGGCCUCACUUGGCUGGAAUCGGAUUUAAACAUAUGGAUGCUGUGGAUUAUAGCCAGCCCAUGCUGGAUGUUUUAGAAAAGUUGGAUUUAUACAACAAAAAAAUAUGUGCCGCUUUGGGGAGUGGGCGUAAGAUUCCUGGGAUUGAGGAUGAGUCCUACGACGUGGUUACGAUCUCCGGCGGAUUUUUUCAAGCCCAUUUACCUAUCGACUCUUUGGAAGAAGUUGUGCGCGUUUUGAAACCAGGCGGCUAUUUCUUUAACGCGAUGACCAAGUACUAUUUGGAGAGCGUGGACUCGCUGCAUGGCCUGGAACCGUUGAUGAGACAAAUGGAAACGGACGGCAAGUGGCUCAUGAGAGCAAGACUCGUUCAAGAUCACGUUAUUGGUAGGGAACAAGGCCUGUUUCAUGUGUUCCAAAAGUUGUGACAAAAAAUACGCCUAACGGAAGGCCCUGAAUCUCUGUAGCUAAGAUACAGGACAGACGUUCAUGUGUAUGUUCUCUUUAUUACAUUUACAUCAUGCUGAGACGUCUGAAAUAUAUUGCUGUUUAUCACCA